GUAUUAAUUUAUUUUUCGUCGAAUUUCAGUUCAAUUUUUUGGACCAAUUUCUCAAGGAAAUUUUCUCUAUAAUUUGGGUUUGAAUAAACGAUUAACAGAUUUAACAUAUGACAAAACACCUGAAGAACAAGAAGAAAUUUUAAAUGAUGUGGAAAAAUUAGUUAGUUCAGAAUAUAUGGGUGAUCGAUUUCUUUAUAUUUGUGCACAACGAACAAAUAAAAUAAAUGCACCUGCGGGAAGUUUUUGCUUUCAGAUGCCAGGACAUUUUAUUAAUGAACUUAAUUCAUGUGUAGACGAUUCACUUAUUGGUUAUGUUCGUACGUAUGAUUAUUUAGAAUUAGCUGGACGAGCAGUUAUUACACGAUCUCCGAUACCAUCCGUAGCUGUUAUUAGUGGAAAUGGAGCUGGUCAUGAACCAGCAAUGGUUGGAUUUGUCGGUCGUGGAUUACUAAGUGCUUGUAUAUCAGGUUCAAUAUUUGCAUCACCACCAUCAGCAGAUAUAUUUCGUCUUAUUGUGGAAAUGAAGCGUCGUGGUGCUAAACAAAUACUCUUAAUUAUUCUCAAUUAUACAGGAGAUCGUCUGAAUUUUGGUUUAGCUAUGGAACGUUCUAGAGAAUUAGCUAUUGAUAUUGAUAUGUUGGUUAUUGCUGAUGAUAUUGCACUCAAUAUUCCCAUUGGGCCUCGAGGUUUAGCUGGAGCUUUAUUAAUAAUUAAAGUUGCUGGUGCAUUAGCUGAACAAGGUAAAAAUAUGACUGAAAUUGUUGAUGUUUGUCAAAAAAUACGCGCUCAUUUACGUACAAUUGGUUUAUCUGCUUCGGGUAUUCGAGCACCAGGUCAUCAACAAUCAUUUGAUGUAUGUUUUGAAAAAGUUCUUUUUUUCGAAAAGGAUUCUGCCAGGUUGGGUGAUCUAU